AACACAAGCAAAAAUGAAUAACAAGACAACCUUCGUCCUUCUCCUCUCUCUCGUCCUCUCCUCCGUCUACGUGUCUCAAGCGGCACGUCCCGGAGGCUGGAGUCCCAUAAGUGACAUUAAAAAUCCUCACAUCGUAGAGGUUGGCAAGUUUGCUGUCUCCGAGUAUAAUAAGCAGAACAAAGCAGGACUCAAAUUUGUGGAGGUUGUUAGCGGCGAGUCUCAAGUAGUCGCCGGCAUUAAUUACCGGCUUAUUGUGGCGGCUGAUGAAGGCGUAAGCAUGGCCAGCAAUGGUGGGAGAAAGAAGUACGAAGCGGUUGUAUGGGAACAGCCCUGGUUGAAAUCUAUGAAUCUUACGUCCUUUAAGCCCGCCAUGUAACUGUUGUUUCCUCUUGAGAUUUAUGUAAUUUUAUAUGAAAUCUAAUAAAUACAGCAAAUAUUGUAUAAGUAAAAAAUAAUUGAUGUCAAUUUUAUGUUUUAUCUAAUUAAAUAAAAAAAGAAAAAAAUUAUGUUUUAUUUAA